AUGACGGAUCUGCCGAUAGUCUUUAAACUUAGCUAUUUAAGCUUUAUACAGGACUUGGCAAAUUUUGAUUCUUUCUCUCUUGAGCCCGCUAACGUUACCAGCCGCCAAUCAGGGUGCGCAAAAAGCACUAAUGAACUGCAGACUUGUUCAGGAUUCAUCGUUUCCGUAUCAGCUUACAGCGACUGCAUUGAAGUAGACUGGAAUAUCUCUCUAGGCAGCGCAGGAUGGGCGAGCUGCCCACUGGGAAAGUACCUCAGAGGAGUUUCGAGGGCGCAUAUCACCAAUCCCGACGGUAUCGACAAUAUCAAAGCAGGGAAAUGUUGCACUCCACCUCAUGAGUUUCUUGACCAGGAUACUGAGUGUAAAACAGUAAACUGGAAAACGCGAUUAAGCAAAAAUCACAAGUGGGCUUCCUGUCCUGAAGGCUAUUUUCUACGGGGAUUUUAUUAUUCAAAUAAAACUUUGUUAAACAACAUCGAGCAAGCUUGGUGUUGCAGGCCAAAGAACUACAUAAGCCGGACCAAAGAAUGCUACCUUCAAGAUGUGGGGAUAAAACUUGAUAAAGAGGGCUGGAGCACGUGUGGAGACUGGUACCAUAUGGCUGGCGUGUACAGAGGAGGGUGUAAUUUUUUACACUGCAUUGAGACACUGACCUGCUGCAAAAUUAUGGCGCAAGGUGUUUGUUAUCGUUAAUUUACGAAGUAAAGUUAGGAUUCUACACAAUACCAGACGAACAGACCAAACAAUCACAUGGUUUCUGUUGGGUUUGACUAAAAAGUACCUAACUAUAAAUUUUUUCCUAUUUUGCAGAUAGGGUUGUUCUAGGUCACUGGCUUCUAGGCGGUC